AUGGAGGGUUGCAGCCACCCAUGGAUUGACAAUGGUGCUUGUACGUCCUGUGGAUUGUGCUUGGAAUCAGAUUGCGACAACUACAUGGCAUCAUAUACUUUUCACAGGCCUGUAAUUCCAAGGAGAAUGAAGUAUUUCGUUGUAGACAAAGCAGAGAGAUAUAGCAGAAAUGUAGAGUCUUUACUUGGGAUUCUGAAUGUUUCAGGCUAUUCCGAAGAGGUUAAACUCCUCUUGAGAACAAAGGAUUUUGAACACAGAAUUGGAGCCAACGAUAAGAUACUGGCAAUAACUUACAAUGUACUUAGAAGACACCAGUAUCCAAUAUCAUAUAGCGAUCUCAAGCCUCUUACAGAAAGGACGGGGCUGGGGCUCAAGAGAAUUCUUUUGAGAGAGUUUGAAUAUGUAGAACUGUCUUCGGAAUAUCUCUCUAGAAUCUUCAGCAGAGUUAGAGAUUUUUGUCUCUCACAAGGUCUUAAAGGUAAUCAUUUACUAGAGGAGUUUCUUUCAAUAUCCAAAAGCAACAAGUGUACGAGCUCCUACUGUCUUUGCAUAGCAUACUUCAUUAGAGACGAGAACUUACCAGACUCCCACAGAAGGCUCAAUCUUGGGGAGAUCAUAAGUGUAUCUUCUUUGAAGAGAAUAGUCAAAAAGAUCCAAGGAGACCUCCAAAGAAAUGGAGACAGGCCAUCUGAAACAAAGAAAAAAUUGAGAAUUAAAGAUAGAGCAAGAAAAUACAUUAUGAGGAAGCUGCAGGAGCAGCCACAAAAAGAUUAA